AUGCAUCGGAAGUUGAAAUUCCUCUCUGCGUGUUCCACUGCGGAGAAUUUUUCUCUUCUGCUUGCGGGCGGCAAGGCGGAAUGUUGCGGCAAACGACGCGGCGGACUGCGCUCGCCGAAAACCAAAAAAAAAAAGGUUGCACCGAACUUGCACCUUUCGCUUAAUCGGCCACGCAGGCGAAAAUUCAACCGCGGCAAACAUAGAGGUCAGCUUGGCUACGUCACAUGUCGACGGCUGCUCCCCGCUUCGCUGCAUCACCAUUCGAUCGUCGAAAAGAGGACAGCGGUGCGGGAGAUCGGGCCAAAGGCUGUCGUUGCGAUCCUUUCUCAUCGACCGGUGCUACGGAUCGGAUCGUCGAGUUGUUGCUACGGCUUCGACAACCUCAUCGACAACAUUUGUUGA